GUACGGUAUACAUGCGGUGGUACUGCGUGUCGCCAGCCCUUCCCAAGGGCGCCCAGCUGCGCGUCCGAACCGCUCCCAGUGCCUCCGCACCGGAGAGCUCAAGCCACAGACUCAACAUCUACGACGUCGUGAGCACUUCGUCGCCUCCAUUGAAAGCCCCGUGGCUGCAGGUCGCAUGGCAGCAGUCGGAAGGGUACGUCAUGGCGUCCACGCCCGACGAGAUGCCGCUUCUCGUGCCAUGGGAGUCCACCUCGUUUGUCAAGGUCGUGUUUGUGUAUCCAGAGACCGAGCUACGCCAUAAGACGACUCACGAGUCAGUGGUGCUCGAGUUGGAUGCAUAUCUUGGCGUCGUUUCGGUCCUCGCCGCCGACAGCGACGACGUGUCGUACGUGGUGAUGUACCAAGGCGAGCCGUACAUUGUCGAGCAAGUGGACGCUGUGAUCAUGGCCGAGCGCAUUCACGAGUCCAUGCGCUUCGCCAUGAACCCCGACUUGCCCGAGAACGCCACCAUCGUCGUGCGGCAGUGGCCCCAUCGUGACAGCGACCAAGUGGACGUGUUGACCCAUGGACAAGAGAUCAACGGCGAAAUUCGAUCCGAGGACUGGAUCAAGAUCCACGAACAUGCAUGGGUCAUGUGGAAGCUCGCGAGUCGUCACAACCUCGAGCUGCUGCAACCUGUCCAGACCACGUCCCGUAUUGAUCCUGUAGAAGAAAAAGUUCAAGACGACACCACCCACACUGUUGGGCUUCCCACGGAAUCCGAAGACAAUCCACGAUCGCAACAUGUAAACGGAGAGUCGGACCUGCCCACCACCAUAACCUGCGACAAGGUGGCGAUAUGCGACGACGUUCACCCUCAAGAACGGCAAAUGUAUGCAGAUCGCUGCCCGAGUAGUAGCAGUCACCCCGCACAGCCGACUGACUGUCUUGACAGUGUGAUAGCCAUCACAUGUCCUGAUCCGAGUCAUCCAGUCAUCCACCACCAGUCCACAUCAUGGGACGACCGACCCAUCCACGGCACCAACGAGCCUCCAUGUGACACGGUUGCGUCAUCAACCACGUCACAUGUCCAGGUCAACAACACUCGGAUGGACCACGCUAGAACAGCAUUGGACGACCGCCCCAUUCGUCAAUCUAGCCGCGAGUCCGACGUCGUACAGUCAUCGGACUCGACCGACAAUCUCCACACUGACAAAGUCCAACACAACCCUCCAAAUGGCCACGACACUCCAAAUGGCCACGACACUCCAAAUGGCCACGACAUUCCCAAUGGCCACGACACUCCAAAUGGCCACGACAACGAUGACCGACCGAUGCGACCACUAGCUGUUCGCUAUGAUGAUGCCAAAGAAGAAGAGAAAGAGGAGGGCAAGACCAACGUACUAGCCAGUACUAGUAGUACUAGUAGUACUAGCUCCAUCGAGACUACAUCCCCCGUCCAGUACGACAAGGCAUUCCCGGCUGUGCCUUCCCCACACGAUGACAUGAUGCUGGACCAACCAAGUCCUCCGUUGUCGAAACUCCAUCAAUUCGCAAACGAUGUCGCAGAUGUACACUUGAUGUGGUCGCUCCAAGUGGAGUUCUUGACCGCGCUGUGCCCGCUGGUCCUGUCGCCGUCCCCCCCCCUUACCCUGGACGACCAUACAGUUGUAAACAAGAUGCUCACGGCCAAAUUAAACGCGCCUUCUUCGAUGCAUAGCAAAGUGCUGCCAGUGUUCCUUGAGCUAGCCCUGCCGUACCUGGCUUCUUGUGCAGAAGUAAAGCUCACUCGACCGCUCUUGCCAGGCUUGCUGCGUCUGUUUCAGGUCAAAGCUGCCGUAGCCAAGUUGGAGCCAUUUUUAACUGCAUUUGUGCGUCAGUUUGCCGUGGCAGACCGAUGGGAUGCCCUUGAACACGUCCUGGUCGACGACAGUUCCGAUGGCUUUCAACCGUUGACUGAAUUGGGCGCGGCGCGGCUCUUGAUAUGGUGGAGCUUAGUGUUGUGUGGCGAUAUGACUCUAGCUCAACCAUCAAGCUGGACAUGUCCGAGCCUUCGCCUAUGCGAUGCACUUGUGGUGUAUGCUAGCCACCGCGCCACCAAAGUGCGCGCCGCCGCCGUCGACAUCCUCGCCUAUGUCGUCCGUCGGGAGUCGGCAGACAUGGCCCAGGUGGACACGGUGUCACAUAUGGACACGUGGCUGGCGUUGGUGGCCGAUGCGGGCGUAUGUGACGCUGUUCAAAGCCGACUCAAAAACACUCUGACUCCAGCUGAAGCCGACACGAGUCGGGUUUGCAAAGACUCUUGUGGUGUUGCAGACAAAGUUGCAGACAAAUAUGAUGUGGCAAGUACUACGAGUAGUACUACUAGUAGUACUAGUAGUAGUACCCCGCAACGCAAGGCGAAGUCCCGAUUUGCCCAGUGGAAGCAAGCGGCCGACUCGAUCGUGGUGGGCCACCGGACAACCACCACAUCGCUGUCGAAUAGUAGUAGUAUUAGUAGUACUACUACUGGCGGUGGGGAUGGCCAUGUGAUGACGUUUGCCCAGUGGCAACAAGACCCCUCCACCGACGAUGCCGCUAGUACUACUACUACUACUAGUACUACGAGCAACCACACCCCGCGGAAACUCGCCCAGGCCAAGUUUGCCCAGUGGAAGCACGCCCAACAAGGUCAACCUCCACAUGGCGAUGACGUUAUCAAUGUGUCUGCGCCGACAGAGUUGUCGAGCACACAACGCGGGGCGGAUGACGUAAUCAACAAGAAUGGCGUAAUCAACGAGGAUGGCGUAAUUCAGGACGAGAACAUGACCAACGGGGAUGACGUGAUCAACGAGGAUGACGUAAUCAACGGGGAUGACGUGAUCGAGGCUGCGGACCCCGACGCGCCUCGUGGCGUGGUGGAGGGGGCCCCAAUCCUGGCCAUGGCACCUGGGGAUGGGAAUGUGCCUGGGGAAAGUGGGGAUGUUGGCGAGGAAUUUGCCCACGACGACGACAGUGCCGAGGAGGAUUUCCUGGAACAAUCCCACGACAUAUGUCUGUCCUCUGUGAUUGUUGCGUCGCCCGGCCGCGUCGAGACAAAACCCAACGAAGCCCCGUGGACACUGGACGGGGAAAAAUCCCACGACUGGGAAAGGACGAUCGUGGUCGAGCCCACGGACGACGACGACGACGACGAACAAGAGAAGGACAUCAUGGACCAUGUACUGAACGACGAGAACGACCAAUCGGAUGGGAGAUUUACUCACGAUGACGUGAUCCACGACGAGGAGCAAGUUGAUGACGUGAUCGAUUGCGACGACGGACGAGAUGACGUGAUCAACGACGACGGACCAUACGAUGACGUGAUCAACGACGAGGAACAAGAUGACGUAAUCCAUGACGGACAAGAUGACGUGAUCAACGACGCACAAGAUGACGUGAUCAACGACGACGACCAAGGCGAGGACAUUGGGAACGACAGCAUUGAGCAAGUAGAUGCCACGUCGGAUGCGUUUCUGCCCCAUAAUCUGAACGUUGACGCCAAACCCGAUCACGACCACGACCGUCAGGACGUGGUGGUCGCGCGCGCCAUUUGCUUUAGCGACGUGAGCGACGACGACGACGACGUCGCCGUGUUGGGCGGUCUGGACGACGACGACGACCACGACGUUGUGGACGAAUAUGCGAUACUGUUUGUCCCACCGUGCGACACCGCGUCAGUCCGUUUGCCGGUAGACAAAGAUCAAGGGCAAAGUACCGAGUUUGACGCCGAGUUUCCCCCCGAGUCGACGGAUCUGUGGGACCCCGACGUCCUCUUCCUGCCGCCGCGCAUGGUGGACGCCGAGCUGGCGCGGCUACGGCGCCUCUGGGGCGACGAUACCCGGGGGUUCUGGGGCGCCGUGCUCGAUGCAAGUCCUGUCGUGAUAUUGGCCGCGCAUUUUCCAUUCAACGGCGGCGACGACGACCAAGACUCGGACGACUUGAUGCAUUCUUGGCAGAAAGAAGACGAAGACGGCGAAGUGCUGACAGAGGCCGACCGCGAAGCCAUCGCCGCGUACGUCCGGCAGUGGCAUGCGGCGCACCUGGCGCUUCGGCUCGAGCUGACCCCGCCGACGCCCGUACCAGAGGACGGGAGGUCGGGGACGGACAAGCUCAAGGCGAGUCGCUUGCUGCAACGGCCGUCGUCGUUUGGGAUGUCUGCUUCGUUAACCUCGUCGCAGGCGGCUGUUCCCACGACGCCGUCGUUUCUACGGAAACCGACAAGUGGAAGCAGCGGCAUCAAGUUGCCCCGGACGGCGUCCACGCCUCCUCCGACCACCGCCUUGCCGACUUCGUCGGGGGGCCCGGGCACGCCGCCGACCCCCGCGCGGCAGAUGCGACUUCCAACGACGAGGACCACUGGCUUGCGCACGCCGUCGUCUCGGUCGAUUAAGCAGUGAGACGCGUAAAGAUUAAGUUAACGUGAGUUACAUCGUACUA